CGAGUUGGGCUUUGACCGCUCGAGAACAGGCUCUCACACGCCGCUCCCUCUUGGGUCCAUUCAGGAGGAGCAGUAUGUAGGUGACGGAACCAAGGAAGCUGACCCUCUGCUGCCACACACUGCCUAUCGGGACGCAGAGACCAUCACCGAUGUGUGUAACAGCACCGAGCUCCCUGAGGUGGAGAUCAUCAGCCUGCUGGAGGAGAGGCUCCCAGUGUAUAAGCUGAGGGCUGACAGUGUGUACGGCUAUGAGCACGACGACUGGCUGCACACUCCUCUCAUCUCUCCGGACACACACAUCGACCUGACUGCCGAGCAGAUCGAGGAGACCCUCAACUAUUUCUUGCUAUGCGCUGAACGAGUGGGCCAGAUGACUAAGACCUACAAUGACAUUGACGCUGUCACCAGACUUCUGGAGGAGAAAGAACGGGACCUGGAACUGGCUGCUCGGAUUGGCCAGUCCCUGCUGAAGAAGAACCGGACUUUAUCUGAGCAGAAUGAGUACCUGGAGGAACAAGUGGGGAACAUCAGAGAGGAGGUGGCCCAGCUCCAUCAUGAGCUAAAUCUAAAAGAUGAGCUUUUGCAGUUCUACACCAACGUAGCGGAGGAGAGUGAGGAGGAUGCCACAACUUCACCGGUCAGAGGUCAGCGUGGCAGGACACCGUUGCCUUUCCCGAGUGGCUCCAGUGUGGAUGUGCUGCAGAGGAAACUCAGAGACCUGGAGGAGGAGAACCUCUCUCUCCGAUCAGAGGCGAGCCACCUGAAGUCAGAGACAGAGACGUAUGAGGAGAAAGAGCAGCAGCUGGUGAACGACUGUGUGAAAGAACUCAGACAGUCCAGUCUGCAGAUCUCCACCAUCGCGGAGGAGCUGACCAGGAAGACGGAGGAUGCGGCUCGCCAGCAGGAGGAAAUCACACACUUGCUUUCGCAGGUUGUCGACUUGCAGAAAAAGGCCAAAACGUAUGCUCUGGAGAAUGAGGAGCUCUCUCAGCAUCUGGUGGCAGCCAAAGACGCCCAGAAGCAACUCACAGCCGAGGUACAGCAGAUCUGUGACAUCACAAACACACCAUUUCUAAUCUUAUAUAUUUACAUAAAAAAGAUAUUUGUUAUAAUUAUACAAUCCACACAGCUUCAGGAGCUUGGAGAAAAGUAUUUGGAGUGUAUUGAGAUGCUGCAUGAGGCUCAGGAAGAGCUGAAGAACCUGCGGAACAGGAGUGUGUCUGCUGGAACACCGCGGCGUUUCCAUCCUCUUGGACUGUUCCCUAUGGACUCUCUGGCUGCUGAAAUUGAGGGAACUAUGAGGAUGGAGUUGAGUCACGAGCACCCAGAACACGAGGAGCAAAAGGUGCGUCAUAAGCGUGUGUUUGAGACGGUUAAAAACGUUAACCAAUCAGUAAGGCAGCGCUCGCCGGCUCCGCCUUCUGCUAAUAUCCCAGGGUCCAAUCAGACGCUCUCGUCUCUAAGUUUUGCCCUCUCUGACAGCAACACUGACAACACUGCUGCCCUUGAUAACCGUGAACAGAGCAUGCUCCUGGAGGUGGAGUCGACAGAUGCCAGUUCUGACAGCCCUGAGAAACGUUCCAGCUCGGAAGACCUGAAGCUGGCAUUGCGCCGACUCUCACUGCGCCGACAGAACUGCCUGAGUGAGCGACGUUUCUUUGAGGAGGCACGUGAGAGGAGGCACCAUGAUGCUCCCCUUCAUGGCAUCGUGUCUGGAGAGAGCAUCAUGUCGCUGGGCUUGUGGUCGAGCCGGCCGUACCUCCCAGACAAGUUGCAGAUUGUCAAACCAUUGGAAGGCUCCGCCACCUUGCAGCACUGGCAGCAGUUAGCUCAGCCUAACCUAGGCGGGAUUCUAGACGCCCGUCCCGGUGUCGUCCCAAAGGGUUUCCGUCCCCUGGAACUCGAUCUAGAGGAGGUCUAUCACUACAGCGACUAUGAGGAGGAUGAGCCGGGAGAACAGUACUUCCAGAACCUUCCCACCACCACUACAGCCAAUCCCGGUAUUGGCCACGCCCCCUCUGCCUCUCCGUCGCCCUGCCUCAGCACUGGCCAUGCCUCUGCAGAGUUCUCAGUGCACUACCCGGGUAAGUGCAUGGCCCACACCAGUUCCACCUACACGUUCACUACCUGCAGGAUCCUCCACCCAUCUGACGAGGUCACCAGAGUCACGCCCAGUCUAAACCCUGUCCCCACCUCCUCAUGUUUGAUGUCGUCCAGCCUUCGCUCCACCCCCGCAGCCACGCCCUGCACACCACGCCGCUUAAGCCUCUCCCAGUCCCAGUCCUUCACCAACUUACGUGACUCUACUAAGACCUUUAGCACGUCACUGGGGUUAGUGCGCCUCCUACAGGAGCGUGGGAUCUCUGCAGCUGUCUAUCAGCCACGUAGCUGGGACAGGGCGAGUGGGAGUGUCCAUUUAUCCACCUCCAUCCUCCCUCCGUCAUCCCCUCAGGACUCUCAGAAACCUUCUACUCCACCAAACUCCCCUGCCCGACACACUCCUAGCCCCCACGCUGUUGAUCUGGACAACCCUGCUGACUUUUCAUUCAAAAGCCCGUCCUAUGAGAACUUCCUAGCCUCUAAGCCGGCACGGUCCAUUCUGAAAGAGGUGGCGGGGGGGACCCAGGCGAGGGAUUGUGAGAGCCAGACGGAUGUCAGCGUGUACAACCUGAACCUGGUGGAUAAGCUGAAGAGGCUUGGGCUGGCAAGUCCAGGAGCCAGUGGGAUCUCAGGGCCGCGUCCCAUACUGGGCUCUCUUGGUGGCCUGAGGAGGACGGGCUCUCCCUUUACACCCCUAAACGAAGGGUUAAGGCGCAAUCGGAGCUACCCAGCUGUGGUCGGAGCAAGCAUGGCUAUGAAGGGCCCUGGACCCCAAGGAGACGAGCUGAUCCUAGCUCAGAAACUUCCCAAGCAGACUAGUCUCAAAUAGACAAAAUAUAAACACUCAAACUACUGUAUUAUAUGUAUUUAAGUGUAAGUUAUGCCCUCCACAAGCAAAAUUCAGCCUAUUUGCACUAGAGCAUGCUCUGACUUGAAAACAGAGUCUUCUCUUAUCUGCCCAUAACCCUGUGUAUAUAUAUAUUUCACACCUUAGUGUGUAAAGCCCAAAGUAGAGCUUCAUCACCUUCCCUCACAGACACUUAGGGGGAAAUACCAUAAAGAAAGAAUCAUCAAGCAUUAAAACAGGCAAAAUCAUUAUCAUUUGGCGUAAAUACAGCAAUUUCACCAGUAACACAGCAAUUACACCUACACUUUAUGGCCAAAGGUAUGUGGACACCUGACCAUCACACCCAUAUAUAAUAUGCUUGUUGAAUAUACCAUUCCAUGGGCAUUUAUUUGGACUUGGUCCUCCUUUUUGCUGUUAUAAUAGCCUCCGCUCUUCUGGAAAGGCUUUCCACUAGAUUUUGGAGCAUGGCUGUGGGGAUUUGUGCUCAUUCAGCCACAAGACCAUUUGUGAGAGCUCCAGUUCAUCCCAAAGGUGUUUAGUGGGAUUGAGGUCAGGGCCACUUAUACAGGACACUUAUGUUCUUCUACACCAAACUUGGCAACCGUAUAUUCAUGGACCUCUCUUUGUGCACAGGAGCAUUGUCAUGCUGGAACAUGUUUGGACCUCUUAGUUCCAGUGAAGUAUAAUCUUAAUGCUACAGCACACAGGCCCGGGGUGGCUGUGGCUCAGGUGGUAGAGCGGGUUGUCCACUAAUCGUAGGGUUGGCGGUUCGAUUCCCGGCCCACGUGACUCCACAUACCGAAGUGUCCUUGGGUAAGGCACUGAACCCCAAGUUGCUCCCCAUGGCAAGCUAGCGCCUUGCAUGGCAGCUCUGCUACCAUUGGUGUGUGAGUGUGUGUGUGUGUGAAUGGGUGAAUGAGACACAGUGUAAAGCGCUUUGGAUAAAAGCGCUAUAUAAGUGCGCCAUUUACCAUUCAUUUGCCACACAAAGUCAUCCUGCACAAUUGUCCUCUUCCAAAUUUGCUGCAACAGUUUGGGAAACACCACAUAUGGGUGUGAUGGUCAGGUGUCCACAAACUUUUGGCCAUAUAGCGUACAUAAGGGGUGAGCAAUAUUUUAAGGGAAUUUUCAUGAUAUAUGAUAAGCAGGGAUCUAUUACAGACUGGGCACAUGUCCAUUUAAGCUGAAUUGAUUAGACUGACUGGCCAUUACACUAAGUCACACGCAACACCAAUCAACAUCAGCGAGUUAAUCCAACAUGAGCCAAUGAAUGUAAAGCCACUGAUUCUGAAAUAAAUUUGGAAAUGUUAUUGUUGUGUGGGUCUGAACUGAUAAACGGUGAAUAGUCACUUAUGUCCUAACUGUUUAGAACUGGAUCUAGAUAAAUGGAUUAAAGAACAAAAACAUGGAAAUCUCUAAACUUAAAAAGAAAUGAGAAGCCAGCAAUCCUUCAUUUUUAGUGGGCCAGAUUAAAAAUGAGCCACAAACUAAAAUGGGCCAAAGAGCUCAACAUGCAUUACUCCUGACCAUUGAGUCAGAGCUUGUUGAACAGGUGAUGAUUUGGUGGAUAAGUUUGAGAUAAAGCAAGAAAGAAACCAGUCAGGUAAUAAUUUUGAUAAAUGGAUGUAUAAUGUUGUAAUUGUGGUUUGGUGGUCAUGUGUAGUAGGGUGGGUACAGUGUCCCUGUGCAGGUUCCGGUGCCAGAGGUGCAGAUUUUACUAAUGCGUCCCUGAUGUAACCUAAUGUAUUAUUAGUGAGACAAAUAAAACGCAAUAGCAUACAGCUUA